CAUUUUUCUAUGCUUCUCACGUCUGCUACGUCGACGUACUCUUUUCGUGUCUUUUCUUACACAUGUACCUAUAAAUAACGUCUUCUUUUGAAGUAGAUAUUUCUACAUCGUGUCAACUUUUUCUAAAUCUGCGUUGCAGUGUUCUCAACGACUGAAUUUUACAUCUCGAAACACGCGACAGAUCCAUCUCGCAUAAACGGAUUCUUUUUUCAGGUCAUCUGUGUUUCAAAAAAUACAAGGAUGAUGCGACAUUCAUCCGUUUUACUGAUAAUAUUGAUUGCAAAUUCUUUUGGAGUGAUGAUCCCUUAUGAAAAUAAUACUGGUCUCUAUUACUCCGCAAAAGAAAACAUCGCUAUCACUUGUACUGGUACAAUUGAAGACGAAGUCACAUGGACGCAUACUAAUAUAUUGAAAGGUAAUUACACCAUAAAUGCGCAGACCCCAUACAGAAAACUCCUUGAAAUAAAAAACGCUUCAGUUUUUAAUGCUGGGAUAUACUACUGUAUUUCAACAAAGAACACCAACGAGUUCAUGAGGAUUUUUCUUUUACCUGAUAAUUCCUGUUUCCCAGAUAACGGAGCUCACAAAAAGUACACAAUUUCAGUUUCAAACCCAGGGGAAAUUCACGUGUCGACGUGAUUAUUCUUAUUCAAAUUUAUGAAUGAAAAAUGAUUCUGAACAAACAACUUAUUCAACUAAUCAAAAACUAUGAUAGUAUUACGUUUAAUAUAUGUACCAUGGUCUAAUGAUAAGAAUUUUCGAGCAUCACAUCAUUAAUAUCAAUUUAUUUGACUACUAAAACUAAAGAAUCUGCAUGUAACGACAUGUUUUGUACCAACCUAGUUGACUCUCCAAAUUUAUGAACUUUGAUAAAUAACUUUGUUAGGUAAGGGUAUCUACCUGCGUAUGAUAUGCCUAACUUAUGAAAAUUUUUUGGAAAAAAAUUGAUUCUUUUUUGGCAAUUUCUGUCAUAAAAGCGACAGACUUUUGGAUAUUUUUUGGAAAAAAAAAAUUUUAAGCAAUUAACUUACAAGAAUUUUUUCUGAAAACAAAAAUUUGACAACUUUAGCAAAAAAAAAAGGAAAUAUUUUGGAGUUAGGGUAGGAAGAAUAGGUACAUUUUUUCGUAAUUUUUUUUCGAAAACUGAUACUUUUUUUUGGAGUUUUUAGGUAAAAGAAAGAUACUUCUUUUCAAUUUUUGACAAUUUUCAUCAAACAGUGAGUACUUACUUUUUGGAAUUUUUCUCAAAAAUAAUCGAGAAUUUUGGACUAUUUUUGGCAAAAAGCAACAAUGAUGCAAUAUUUGAAAUAAAUUUUCAGAAUUCCGCAUUGGGUUUAAAUUAUGGAAUUUUUAAUCAGUUUUUGCCGUUUUUGGAAUUCACAUCAUCUCUAAAUGACAACAUUUCAAAGCAUUUUUCAGGAUUUCCAUUGCCUUCAAAUUUACAAAAUUUCAAAUCAAUUUUCAGAAUUCCAUAUUAUUAUUACCUCCAAAUUACCAAACUUUAAAAUCAAUUUUCAGAAUUCUCACUGCCACUGCUGCAAAAUUAUGAAAAUACUUUGCCACGUCUUACUGACUCUGCCACUACGUAAUAGUGGCUUGGCUUUCAAACUGUAUUUUAUUUUUCAAAAAAAACACACGCAAAAAAUCCGUAAUAAGUAAUCGAAGUUAAAAACUAAAUAAAUUAUUUAAAAAAAAAAACUAAUUUAGAAAAAACCAUCUGAAUCAAAUCAAAUGUGAUUUCGUUUUUUUAAAUUUAGUAUAAAUAAAUAAAUAAGAACAACUGAA